AAAGGAAGCCAGAAAGCUGAUGAAUACAUUAGAAUUAUUAAAGACAAACUUGAGGUAGCAGUUAGUCAGUGUAUAGAAGCAGCAGGACAUGAAAUAGAUUCAGCAAAACAGGAACCGCUCCUUAAGGCUGCUGCCUUCGGAAAGUGCUUUUUGACAGACUACAGUCCAGAGGCCUAUGUUAACAUGUGUCAAAUGCUGCGAGUCCUGAAUCAAGUUAGAAACCAUGUUAUUGGCAUUCCUCUGACUUAUUCACAGUUACAGCAUUUGACGAUGCCAAUUUUGAUAGAUCGACUGGUGCUCAGGAAAUUGUUUUAUUAUGCAGUAAAAAUCUGUCAGUAUCUGAAAAUACCAGAUGGAGAGGGUGCUAGUAGAAUAUUGGCCCACUGGGCUUGCUACAAGGUGCAGCAAAAGACAGAGGAUGAUGAGGCUAUAGCUAGAGCUAUUAACCAAAAGCUUGGAGAUACCCCAGGAAUCUCAUAUUCUGAUAUUGCUAGCCAUGCCCUAGAGGUUGGGCGCACAGACCUUGCUAUAAGGCUGUUGGACUUUGAGCCUAGAGCAGCCCAACAAGUGCCACUGUUGAUGAAAAUGCAGAGGGACAGCAUUGCUCUAUCAAAAGCCAUUGAAAGUGGAGACACAGAUUUAGUUUACACCGUGUUACUGAGGUUAAAAGAGUCUAUGAAUCAAGGAGAAUUCUUCAUGUCUAUAAGGAGCAUGCCAAUAGCCUAUGCAUUGUUUAUUCAGUACUGUAGACAACAGAACAGGAGGCUAUGGAAGAUCUCUUCUACCAGGAAGAUAACUUUCAGAUCUUGGGACUUGCAAGGUCAUCAAUAGCUUUAGGCAAGAU